GAGACAGAGAAACAGAGUGAGAGAGAGAGAAUGGAGAGUGAGGCGCUGCUCCAGAGCUCGGCGGUGAUAGCCGGCGUCGUGGACUACAGCGGCCGUCCGAUCACCGCCGGAUCCGGCAAGGGAUGGUGGACCUCGGCCUUCUUCAUUAUCGGCGUGGAGAUGGCGGAGAGGUUCGCGUACUACGGGAUAGGGUUUAAUCUGAUCACGUAUCUCACCGGCCCGCUCCGGCAGCCCACUGGGUCGGCGGCGGCGGCGGUGAAUAUGUGGGCAGGGAUGGCAGCGAUGCUGCCGUUGGUCGGAGCUUUCUUCGCUGAUUCGUAUCUGGGACGCUACCGCACCAUCAUCAUCUCCUCCAUUCUCUACAUUCUGGGUUUGGGCAUGCUGACAUUCUCAUCCACAUUGCUGCCUUCCAUCAUCCCUCAAAAAUGUGACAAUGCCAUGGAUCCUUCUAGUUGUCUUCCCAGUCAACUCCAAGUUAUCACCUUCUUUGUCUCUUUGUAUCUGGUGGCUUUUGGACAAGGUGGACACAAGCCCGCACUCAAAGCGUUUGGAGCUGAUCAAUUUGAUCAGAAUGAUCCUUUGGUCCAAAUCAGAAGCUCCUUCUUCAAUUGGUGGUAUUUUGGGAUGAAUUUUGGCAUACUCUUCACCACUGUGCUCAACUAUGUGCAAGAUAGUGUCAGCUGGGGCUUUGGAUUUGGUAUCCCCUGCUUGGCCAUGGUCCUUGCUCUCAUUGUUUUCUUAUCAGGUUCUAGAACUUAUCGAUACUGCACUAUUGAAGAGACGAGCCCAUUCAUUAGAAUUGGCAAAAAGAAAGAAGAAGAAGAAGAAGCUAUAGGCAUUCUUCGAUUGUUUCCAAUAUGGACUACAUGCUUAAUAUAUGCUAUUGUUUUUGCACAAUCAAUGACAUUCUUCACAAAACAAGCCAGCACUCUAGACAGGAGGAUUGGCAGCAGUUUCAUAAUACCCUCGGCAUCACUGCAAAGCAUCACUUGCAUAUCAAUUAUUGCUUUCAUCCCCAUAUAUGGUCACAUCCUUGUUCCUGCAGUUCGGAAACUCACAGGAUUGCAAUCAGGCAUCACAAUGCUCCAAAGAAUCGGCAUUGGCAUGGCAAUCUCAACCACAGAGAUGGUAGUCGCUGCACUAGUAGAGAUGAAGAGGAUAAAAACAGCUCGAGAAUACCGGCUCAUCGAUUUGCCUAAUGUACCAAUUCCAAUGAGCUUAUGGUGGCUGAUGCCUCAAUAUGUUCUCACUGGUUUAUCAGAAGUGUUCGCAAUGAUUGGUUUGCAAGAAUUCUUUUAUGAUCAGAUGCCAGAUGCACUGAGGAGCCUUGGACUUGCUCUAUAUUUGAGCAUCUUUGGUGUGGGAAGCUUCAUAAGCGGAUUCAUUGUUUCUCUGAUAGAUAAGGUGAGUGCAGCACAAGGUGAGAGCUGGUUUCCUGACAAUCUAAACCAUGCUCAUCUUGAUUACUUCUUCUGGUUGCUUGCUGCACUUAAUGCUUUAGGGUUACUUAUCUACAUAUAUUUUGCACAAGCCUAUGCAUAUAGGAAGAAAGGGUCUUCUCCUAUGCUAUAAUAUAAACCACAAUCUUUUGUUGUAUGUUGUUGCUUCUUUAUUUGUAUUAAACACAUACUUUUGUUAGAUCUUUGAUUCACUGGCAAGAAUGACGAGGUAGUUGGAGUCUAUAUGGGAGGUGAACCUAUCCCAAUAGUUGUAUUUUCUUGUAUUUAUAAAAAUUCAAACUCGAAAUCAC